AGUGAGCGCUGCUGGGCAGGCCCGGGCUUCCCACCAGCUUGGCGGACCCUGCUAGCCCCGAGCUCCGGGCGGACGAGCCUCGGGUCCCAGAGCAGCGCCGGGCCCCAGAGGACUGCUCCCAUCCUCUCGGGCCGAGCACGCGGCGUCUGCGAACACUAGGAAAAGCGGAUCUGUCUCCGCCGACCCCGUUCUGGGGCCGCACUGCGCGUGCGCCGCAGUGCUGGCCGCGGGAGGCGGCGGUCCCGACUUCGCGAAGCGCGCGGCGGCUCAUUACGGAUUGUCCUGCUCCGGGGAGGCGCGGCUUCUCGGUGUCUCUCCCGCGGUCGCCCGGGGCCGAGGGGCGGCUGGGCCCAUGGGACCGCCGCUUCUCCACGUCCAGUAAAGUCUCGAGGGGGGUGGGUGGGAGACGCGCCCGGGCCCGUUCUUAGCCCUCGAGACCGUCCGCGGGGAACCGAACCUGCGCACGGGGCCGCGGAGAGGAAGGCACCAUGGCUAGAAAUUUUUCUGUAAUCUUGAUCCUGACCUUUGCCCUUUGGGUCACACAACCACUUCAUGAACUAGAAUCAGCAGCCGCUUUCUCCCAGACAACUGAGAAAAUUAAUCUAAAUUGGGAAUCUGGCAUUAAUGUUGACUUGGCAGUUACCACACAGCGACGUCAUCUACAACAGCUUUUCUACCGCUAUGGAGAGAAUGAUUCUUUAUCAGUUGAAGGGUUCAAAAAAUUGCUUCAGAAUAUAGGCAUAGAUAAGAUUAAAAGAGUCCACAUACACCAUGAUCAUGAGCAUCAUUCUGACCACGAGCAUCACUCUGACCACGAGCAUCACUCUCAUCGCAAUCAUGCUGCUUCUGGUAAAAAUAACCGGGGCAAAAAUAAUAGGGGUAAAAAUAAUCGGAAAGCUCUUUGUCCAGAUCAUGACUCUGGCAAUGCAGGUAAAGAUCCUAGAAACAGCCAAGGUAAAGGAUCCAACCGACCAGAGCGUGUGGAUGGAAGAAGGAACAUCAAGGAGGGUGUCAGUGAAGUGACCUCAACUGUAUAUAAUGCUGUCUCAGAAGGAACUCACUUUCUAGAGAUGAUAGAGACUCCAAAACCUGGCAGGCUUCCCAAAGAUAUAAACAGUUCCACCCCACCUGGUAUCACAGAGAAGAGCCGAAGGGCCCGGCUGGGCCGCCUGGCUGGUAGGAAGAACAAUGCAUCUGUGAUUGAGCCCAGAGAGAGCUUUAUGUACUCUAGAAACACGAAUGACAAUGCUCAGGAGUGUUUCAACGCGACCAAGCUGCUCACAUCUCAUGGCAUAGGCAUCCAGGUUUUGCUGAACGCAACUGAGUUCAAUUACCUCUGCCCUGCCAUCAUCAAUCAAAUUGAUGCUCGAUCCUGUCUGAUUCAUACAACGAGUGAAAAGAAGGCUGAAAUCCCUCCAAAGACCUAUUCUUUACAAAUAGCCUGGGUAGGUGGCUUCAUAGCCAUUUCCAUCAUCAGCUUCCUGUCUUUGCUGGGCGUUAUCCUGGUGCCACUCAUGAAUCGGGUGUUUUUCAAAUUUCUCCUAAGUUUCCUUGUGGCCUUGGCUGUCGGAACUCUGAGUGGUGAUGCUUUACUGCAUCUUCUCCCGCACUCUCAUGCAAGUCACCACCACAGUCAUAGCCAUGAAGAAACAGCGAUGGAGAUGAAAAGAGGACCCCUUUUCAGUCACCUGUCGUCUCAAAACAUAGAAGAAAGCACCUAUUUUGAUUCCACAUGGAAAGGUCUGACAGCACUGGGAGGCUUGUAUGUCAUGUUUCUUGUUGAACACGUACUCACACUGAUCAAGCAAUUUAAAGAUAAGAAGAAAAAGAAUCAGAAAAAACCUGAAAAUGAUGAUGACAUGGAGAUUAAGAAGCAGUUAUCAAAGUAUGAAUCUCAGCUUUCAACAAAUGAGGAAAAAGUAGAUACAGAUGAACGACCUGAAAGCUAUUUACGAGCAGACUCCCAAGAGCCGUCCCCCUUUGAUUCUCAGCAGCCAGCAAUCUUGGAAGAAGAGGAGGUCAUGAUAGCCCAUGCUCACCCUCAAGAAGUCUACAACGAAUAUGUGCCCCGGGGGUGCAAGAACAAAUGCCAUUCCCAUUUCCAUGACACUCUGGGCCAGUCAGAUGACCUCAUCCACCACCACCAUGACUACCAUCACAUCCUGCAUCACCACCACCACCAGAACCACCACCCCCACAGUCACAGCCAGCGCUACUCUCGGGAGGAACUGAAGGAUGCUGGCAUUGCCACCUUGGCUUGGAUGGUGAUAAUGGGUGAUGGCCUACACAACUUCAGUGAUGGCCUGGCAAUUGGCGCUGCUUUUACUGAAGGCUUGUCAAGUGGACUGAGCACUUCUGUUGCUGUGUUCUGUCACGAGCUGCCUCAUGAGUUAGGUGACUUUGCUGUUUUACUAAAGGCAGGCAUGACCGUCAAGCAGGCCGUGCUGUACAAUGCUUUGUCAGCCAUGCUGGCCUAUCUUGGAAUGGCGACAGGAAUUUUCAUUGGGCAUUAUGCAGAAAACGUGUCUAUGUGGAUAUUUGCACUUACUGCAGGCUUGUUCAUGUAUGUCGCUCUGGUUGAUAUGGUUCCUGAGAUGCUACACAAUGACGCCAGUGACCAUGGAUGUAGCCGCUGGGGAUAUUUCUUCCUGCAGAAUGCUGGAAUACUUUUGGGUUUUGGAAUUAUGUUACUUAUUUCCAUAUUUGAACAUAAAAUCGUGUUUCGCAUAAAUUUCUAGUUAGGUUAUAAAUGCUAGAUUAGCUUAAAAACAUUGCUGUCUAUAGUUUGAGUAGGUGAUAGGAAGAUACCUACUGAGAUAUACAGCAUUUAAAAUUACUGGAUUUUGUGAUUUUUGUAUUGAAUAUUGCCAUUUGUUGUGCUUAAAGCCAGUUACACUGGUGACAUAAAGGUACGUUUUAAUAUUUAAGUUAUUCUAUUUUGGAAAUGUGUAAAAUGUAUGUGCAAUCCACCAAUAUUACCAGUUUUCUGUAUAAAUGAGAUUUGGCAUGACAUGUUGUGUAUAUUUCAGGGAAGGUGUCUUUAAUACUUUCAUGUAUAGACCUAAUUUACCAUGAUUUCCCUCCUGGCUUCUGCAGACCUGCCAGGGUCCACCUUUGUCCCUUGAGUACUAGUAUUCCUGUGAAAGCACUGAGUCUAUGCCAUGCAGUUAUGUAGUUGUGUUUGUUUCUUUAGUAGAGAAGUCUAAAUAUAUUUAAUGAAUUCAAACAGUACAUCACUUGACCAAGGAAGUAGGGUUUUAAAUAUUUGUAUGGAGUUGUGCCACAUAGGUAAUUAGUUUAAGUAUUAAUAAAAAGCUUGGUUUUCACCAGAAGUUAUGAUAGGAUGUUCUGAUGGUCUCAUUUACCAAAUGUUAAGCAGUAAAGCUUGGAUCCCUGUGAGGACAUUAAAACCCAUUUUGGGGAUAUUUUCACUUCUUGAAUCAGAAGCACUUGACAUCUCAGAGCCUCUGUACUGUCAUUGUGAGCAUUUUCCCUUUGUAUAUGACACUGUGAUAGUCUAGAGUUGUCUGUGGCAUUGUCUAGAUGUUUCUUUCCUGCAAAAUAAACUUGUCAACUCAG